CUGAGGGAGGCUCCUGGUCCCGAGAGCCGCGCGGCGAGCCGCUGCCGGGAGCCGAGGCGAGCGGGGCGAGCUCGGAGUCCGCGCCAUGGACACAGUGACCUAUGAGGAUGUGCAUGUGAACUUCACUCAUGAAGAGUGGAGUUUGCUGGAUCCUUCCCAGAAGAGUCUCUACAGAGAUGUGAUGCUGGAGACCUACUGGAACCUCACUGCAAUAGGUUACAAAUUGGAAGACCAGAAUAUUGAAGAAUACUGUCAAAGUUCCAGAAGACAUGGAAGCUACAACAUCUGUCACUGUGGAUACAAGCCUUGUGAGCAUAAAGGAUAUGGAAAGAAGCAGUGUGCCUUUACACAGAAUAGUUUUUUUCAAAUAUAUGACAGAAUCCAUAGUGAAGAAAAACCCUAUGAAUGUAAUCAAUGCAGAAAAAUCUUUGCAAAUUUCCGUAGUCUUCGAAAACAUGAAAAAAAUCAUACUAGAGAAAAACCCUAUGAAUGUAAUCACUGUGGCAAAGCUUUUCCAAGUCGCAGUUCUCUUCAGAUACACAUAAGAACUCAUACGGGAGAGAAACCGUUUGAUUGCCACGAAUGUGGUAAAUCCUUUGCAUGUAGCAGUCAUCUUCAAAUACACAAAAGGACUCAUACAGGAGAGAAACCCUAUGUUUGCAAUGAAUGUGGUAAAGCGUUUGCACGUGUCAGUAAUCUUCAAAUACACAAAAGAAGUCAUACAGGAGAGAAACCCUAUGAUUGCAAUGAAUGUGGUAAAGCCUUUGCAUGUCGCAGUCAUCUUCAGAUACACAAAAGAACUCACACUGGAGAGAAACCCUAUGAUUGCAAGGAAUGUGGUAAAGCCUUUGCAACUCGCUGUCGUCUUCAAAAACAUGAAAGAACUCACACUGGAGAGAAACCUUAUCAAUGUAAUCAGUGUGGUAAAGCCUUUACAGGCCGUAGUCAUCUUCAAAUACAUGAAAGAAGUCACACUGGAGUGAAACCCUAUGAAUGUUCUCAAUGUGGUAAAGCCUUUGCAUAUAACAGUGAUCUUCACAGGCAUGAAAUAAUUCAUACUGGAGAGAAACCCUAUGGAUGUAAUCAGUGUGGUAAAGCCUUUGCAAGUCGUAGUAGUCUUCGAAAUCAUGAAGAACAUCAUACUCUUGAGAAACCCUAUGAAUGUACCCACUGUGGUAAAGCCUUUGCAUAUUGCAGUAAUCUUUAUAUACAUGAAAGAAUUCAUACCGGAGAGAGGCCCUAUAAAUGUAAUCAAUGUGGUAAAGCCUUUGCACGUCCCAGUCAUCUUCAUAUUCAUGAAAGAAUUCAUGCUGGAGAGAAACCCCAUGAGUGUAGUCAAUGUGGAAAAGCAUUUUUAUUUCGCAGUAGUCUUCAAAUACAUGAAAGAACUCACACUGGAGAUAAACCUUAUAAUUGUACUCAAUGUGGUAAAGCCUUUGCACGCCGCAGUCUUCUUCAAAUACAUGAAAGAAGUCAUAGUGGAGAGAAACCUUAUGUGUGUAAUCAUUGCAGUAAAGCCUUUGUGUGUCGCAGCAGUCUUCAAAUACAUGAGCGAUCUCACACUGGUGAGAAACCUUAUGAAUGUAAUCAGUGUGGUAAAGCCUUUACACGUCGCAGUCUUCUUCAAAUUCAUGAAAGAAGUCAUAGUGGAGAAAAACCCUAUGGAUGUAAUCAGUGUGAUAAAGCUUUUGCACGUCGCAGUCUUCUUCAAAUUCAUGAAAGAAGUCACAGUGGAGAGAAACCUUAUGAAUGUAAUCAUUGCAGUAAAGCCUUUGCAAGUCGUAGUAGUCUUCGAAAUCAUGAAAAACAUCAUACUGUUGAGAAACCUAAUGAAUGUACUCAGUGUGGUAAGUCACUUGCAUGUUGCAGUCAUUUACAUGAAAAAGGUCAGACUGCAAAGAAACUCUAUAAAUGUACUCAAUGUAGUAAAGCCUUUGCAUCUUGGAGUAGUCUUCAUAAUCAUAAAAAAUGUCAUACUGGAGAGAUAUCCUGUGGAUGUAAUUGAGGCUGCAAACUUUUGGCACAUCACUGUAAUCUUCAAACAUAUCAAAGAUGUGCUUGAGAGAAGCGCUACUAAUAUAUAGUCAAUGUGAUAGUGUCUCUACAUAUUACAGGCUUAUUCAAAGGCAUGUAAGCAUUCCUACUAGAGAGAAGCACCAUGAAUCUAAUAAAUACAGGAAAGCCUUGCACAGCAAACAAUUUUUCUCACUGAACCAUCUCAGUGUUGUUCAUGCAAGAUUAGUAGAACCAGUUUGUCAUUAAAAUACUGUCUUGUUUUCAAAUUGUAUACAAAAUGUUAUCCAAGGAGAGAGGAACACAGUAAUUUGAAUAAUAAACCUGUUUUAAAAUGA